GGACGACUUGAAAAUCUCGGACUCUGCCUGUUUGCGCAACUACUCUUGUGACGGGCGCAACGGACAACGAACUUUCACCAUUUCUUAGUAAUUCAUACACCAAGAGUCCGUUGACCAAUCUGUCGUCGUGGCGGUCCAAAAUCUGAACGUUCGCCAACCCUCCCAACAGCCGUCUACCCGCACGAUUAGCAACGGGGACGUGGGGUCUCACCUAAAUCGCCUAAGCAUCAUUGAGCAAGCGGACGGCGAAUCUGGUGGGGCAAGACUAGAUAGCCACGAACAAAGAGCGGAAAUCAAGCGGUAUCAAUUCGCGUCUGAUAGAGGCGGUCAAUGUCUGGGUCUUCCGGACCACCUGCGUGUAGGGGAACCGGAUCAGAUGUCGCAGAGGGACCCUGCGUCACGAUCAGCCUCACCUCGGAUAUCCAGGUCUCCUCCAGCAGGCACAACUACUUCACCGAAUUCGCAUCUGACCGAUCCUCGAAGAUCUGGCAAUCUGCCAGCCAACGACGGGCUUUUGGAGAGUAGUGUCAUUUCCCGAACUAAUGGAGAAUUGACUCAGUCUCUACCCCAGAGGGGCUUUGGCGUGCGUAAUAUUUUGAAUCCGACAGAAACACAGCCAUCGCCGACUGGGACCACUUCCUCAGUAGCAUCAGGACCAUCCAGUGGACAUCCUCUACACCAAAGUCCGAAUCUGCAGGGCACCACAUUCGAGUCCAGUCCGACCACAUCGCGACCUCCCAUGUUCCAAGGACAUGGGAUGAUGAACCAGCAGCAGGCAAAUCCAGCCGCCGGUGGAGGUCAGCCUCUAGGACAAUCACCAGGCGAGCGAGGCUCGCCUGCUUCCAUCCAGUCUCACCAAUCUCACCAUUCCCAUCAUUCUAUAGGGACUCGGCGAAUCUUGACCCCCAGAUCACCUCGAGUCAGCGCUGCAGGCAACAUGUCAUCAUCAAACGCCCCUCACCAUCACCAUUACUAUCCCGGUCCAUCCGCGCCAAAUCGAGGAUAUCCUGCCGAGCCUCCUACACCAGGGCAACAUAUUCAGUCUCCCCGAAUUGGUGGACCCCAACCUUUGGCUCCUCAAUUCGGGAGAGUCCAUCACUCUGGAGUUGGUCCCUCGACUACUCUAGCCCCGUUGACAACACCACCGCCUCGCCCGCUCUCACACCCAAGCGCUAGCAGUCAUUACAGUGCCCCAGGGCCUGAAACGCAACAGUCGCAGGGUGGCCCCGGUCACCAAAUUAGACCUCACUCUUUUGGUCCAGUUCCGCCGUAUCAAACGGCAGUUCCUGGGAACCGAGGUUUCCCAUCUUCUCUCCCAGCGGACUCGAGAUGGCCAGGCGUGCUUGGAGGUCCAGGUCAGGGCCACUCAGGAGCUCGUGGUAUGAUGGGGAUGGAUGGACAUGCAGCGAUGAAUGUCGGUGGAGAACCACUAAUCGUGCCAUUGGACAUGUAUAAUGGUUCAAAACAGGCGGAUGAGAAACGACAGCGGAACGCGGGUGCUUCCGCACGAUUCCGAGCUAGGAAAAAGGAUAAGGAAUUACAACAGGGGAUGCGGAUACAGGAGCUAGAGAGCCAGAACCGUGAACUUCUCAAACGGCAACAAGAGGCAGAAAGCGAGCGAGAUAGGUAUCGUAGCGACCGAGAUCGACUGCGCGAUAUCGUCUACCGAACCCCCGGGAUCAGCGAGUUCGCAUAUCAAGGACCUCCAAGUCCUAUUUCGACGAGAAGCGGUGGGUCUUUCGCAGAGAGAAGCCCGCUCGGCUCUAAUCCACCCUCGCUACCGAUGCCAUCUUACGGAUCUACUGAUCCUGUGACGGGCGAGAGGGCGGCACGCCGACGCCGAACAGACCCUCAACUAGAUUUUGGUCCAUCCUACGGCGGGCCUCAAACUAGCUUGCCAUCGAUGCCACAAUCUACCCACGCUCCUCUAUCGCAACCCGGAACGCCCUCGGCCAUGGCUCGAACUUCACGGUUACCUCCUCUACGAUUGGAUCAGCCGGCUGGAACGCCGACUACUGGGCCACCCACCUCGAAUACUCCCGUACAAAACUUUUCAUACAAGAGGGAGCCAUACGAGACUGGCUGGGCAACACGACCUAGUGCACCACACGAUCCAAGCCAUCGUUAAGUACGAUGCCUCUAGCUCGAAGGGUCCUCUCAAUGCUCUACUUUCGUUUUAAGAAGCAAAUAAUUUAUCAUAUAUUUAUUUUAAUUUUAACUCCUCGCACUAGUUGCGGUAAUGGAGGAUAUGGGUCCUAUACAUCAUCCGAGCAUUGGACAAAAACGG